AUGGAUUAUCAUUGUGCAAAACUGUGUUUGAUUAUUUUACUUUUUGCCGUCACGGCUCAGCCGGAGAAGACCACUCCGGAGCAGCUCGCCCUGCCCAGCGUCAGCUGUUCUGUUGGAAGGAUAAGAGCUGUUUUUGGCCCGCAGGUUAAAAGUAAUAUACAUGUUAAAGACAUUACAGGGGCCAUAAUUCCAUUGUCUCAAACUGAGGAAUACUGUGGAGUGAGACUGGUCAGAGAGAAAAACCAGAACCUCUACGUCUAUAGCACAUAUGACAGCUGCUAUGCACAGAUUGAGGGCAGCAAAGUGGUCAUCCCUUUGCAGGUACAGCUGACAGGAGGGGAUCGUUGGUUCAGGGUUAAUAUCAUCUGUCCUUUGAUAAAGAGACGCAGUGAGAAGACUGAACUUAUCCCAACACCGCUACCUGGAAAUUGUGACACAGAAAAAGCUCUACGAGUGGAUUGUGGCUACCAAAGAAUUUCUAGCGAUGUCUGCUACAAACUGGGAUGCUGCUAUGACGCUGACGAUUUAAACUGCUACUACAGACUCAAUGCCUGCUCUCUGGAUGGACACUUUGUGUUCUCAGUAAAGGCCACAGGCACAGACCAGCCCAUCGAUCCCAGCAGCCUCAUAGUCAAAGAUCAGCCACAGUGUUCCCCUGUGGUCACCACCCCAGACACGGCUAUUUUCAAGAUUGGAGUCAUGGACUGUGGUGUGAAGAUGAAGGUGGAAGGAGACAUGGAGAUCUAUGAGGUGGAAGUGGAGGAGCUGCACACUAAAAAAAGCAUAACCAGACAUACUCCAUUUAGUGUCAAGGUCCAGUGUGAAUAUGAGGCAUCAAAGCAGACAUCAGAAAGGGCAUCAAAACGGCGUGUCCCAGACUUGCGGUCCUUGUAUGCAGUGACCAACCCACCGCCUGUGGUUGCAAUGGGAACCAUGGCAUUGCAGAUGAGAAUAGCCAAAGAUGCAUCCUUCACAUCCUUCUUUUCUGAGGACCAACUUCCACUGACCUUGCCGCUGCGCGACGUGGCAUAUGUGGAAAUUUCAUUCGCCCAGCCGUCCCCAGACCCCACACUUUCCCUGGGGGUACGGGAUUGCUUUGCCUACCCUUCGUCUAGACACUCUGUGUGGACACUUCUCUAUUAUGGAUGUCCCAACCCUUUGGAUAACAUGAGAAGCUCUGUCCCUGUGGACAACCAGGGGAAGACCACCUCCCACUCCCAAGUCAGGAGGUUUGAUGUCAAGACCUUUGCCUUCUUGGACCCUGAUACAGACCAUCCAAGUGUGGAGGAAAUUUACUUCUUCUGUUGGGUGGAAAUCUGCACAGAUGAUGUUGACUGUGCACAGCAAUGUGCCAUCAUUACAUCAGAGGAGGGGCAGAGACGGAGAAGAGAGGCAAUCACUGAGUCCGACCAGGUCCAGCUGGUCUCUUUAGGGCCACUGGUGCUGGGACGGAACAGCACUGAACUAGAGGACAAUCCAUGUGUCAAACAGAAGACGAUGUUUCAGGUGACAGUGUAUGUUCUCUCUGGUGUUGGCGCUGCCCUGCUAUUGAUCCUGCUGUUCACUGUUGGGUUAAGCUUCAGAAAGAGGCAGAAGCCAGAAGCAAAGCAAGUUUGUGAAGUACAAGUUGACAGCAAACAAUCUCAAUAAAACAUUUCACCGUCUGUGGUAUGCA